AUGGAGGAGGAGAUGCAGCCGGCGGAAGAGGGGCCCAGCGUCCCCAAAAUCUACAAGCAGCGCGGCCCCUACAGCGUCCUCAAGACAUUCCCCAGCAAGAGACCGGCGCUGGCCAAGCGCUACGAGCGACCCACCCUGGUGGAGCUGCCGCACGUGCGGCCGCCCCCGCCGGCCUUCGCGCCGCAAGCCGCGGUCUCCAUCAGCAGCAGCGAGCCGCCGCCGCCACCGCAGCAGUUCCAGGCGCAGAGCUCUUACCCACCCGGGCCCGGCCGGGCCGCCGCCGCCGCCUCGUCGUCAUCUCCGUCCUGCACGCCCGCCGCGUCCCAGGGCCACCUGAGGAUCCCAGCGCCGCCGCCCGCGGCCCCCGCCGCGUCGUCGUCCUCAUCUUUCGCCGCCGUCGUCAGGUACGGCUCGGGCCCGGCGGCAGCCGCCGCGGGCAGCAGCAGCGCGGGCGGCAACGGCGCCAGCCUGGAGCUCAGCGCAGAGAGUCGUAUGAUCUUGGACGCCUUUGCUCAACAAUGCAGCCGAGUCCUUAGCCUCUUGAAUUGUGGAGGAAAGCUUCUGGACUCCAGCCAUUCUCAAUCCAUGAUUUCUUGCGUAAAGCAGGAAGGCUCAAGUUACGCUGAAAGACAGGAGCAGUGCCCUGUUGGCAAAGGGGUCCACAGUCAGACCUCAGACAAUGUAGACAUAGAGAUGCAAUAUAUGCAAAGGAAACAACAGACUUCUGCCUUCUUGAGGGUUUUCACUGACUCCCUGCAAAAUUACCUGCUCUCCGGGAGCUUUCCGACUGCAAACACCUCCUCGGUCAGUGAGUAUGGCCACCUGGCGGAUGUGGAUCCUCUAGCAACGUCCCCCGUGCACACACUAGGUGGCUGGACCUCCCCAGCGACAUCCGAAUCCCACGGUCACCCAUCCUCUUCUACGCUGCCUGAGGAAGAAGAAGAGGAGGAAGAGGAGGGCUACUGUCCUCGAUGCCAAGAGCUGGAGCAGGAGGUGAUUUCACUGCAACAAGAAAAUGAAGAGCUCAGAAGAAAGUUAGAGAGCAUCCCAGUGCCCUGCCAGACCGUUUUAGACUACCUGAAGACGGUGCUUCAACACCACAACCAGCUCAUGAUCCCACAGCCAGCCGACCAGCCGGCCGAGGGAAGCAAGCAGCUGUUGAACAACUAUCCUGUCUACAUAACGAGCAAACAGUGGGACGAGGCUGUAAAUUCUUCAAAGAAAGACGGGAGGCGGCUCCUUCGAUACCUCAUCAGAUUUGUUUUCACGACCGAUGAGCUUAAGUACUCAUGCGGCCUUGGGAAAAGGAAAAGGUCAGUGCAGUCAGGAGAGACAGGUCCUGAAAGACGCCCUCUGGAUCCAGUUAAAGUAACAUGCCUCCGAGAAUUCAUUAGGAUGCACUGCACCUCCAACCCCGACUGGUGGAUGCCCUCAGAGGAACAGAUAAACAAAGUGUUCAGUGACGCCGUGGGUCACGCCCGGCAGGGGCGGGCAGUGGGGACUUUCCUGCACAACGGAGGCUCAUUUUAUGAAGGGAUCGAUCACCAGGCUUCCCAGGAUGAAGUCUUCAGUAAAAAUUCCCAGGAUGGGUCUGGUGAUUAG